UUAAAUCCCAAUUCGGCACCGACAUCCUCGUCCUCUGCCCCUUCGCCCUUCUCUUCCUUCUGCCUAAUGGCGCGUCUCUUGAAACCUCCUUCUCUCCCGCUUGCCUCGGGGAGGGAAACUCGGCUUUUCCUUCUCCUCGCCUGCCAGGCCUCACGCCCCGCAGCCGCAGAUUCGGCCCGCCGUUCCAGGCUAGACCGUUAAGCGAGCGGGAGGACAAAGAGCUGACAAGGCGCCCAAGAACGUGGGCGCCAUGAGACUCCGCCUGCCGUGGCUCCUCCUCGGCGCUACCCUUUGGACGGGCCUUGAUUGUCAAACAUUUUUACACAUCACGUAUCCAAAGAAGUUACCAUCCAACAAAACUGAAGAUGGUCUAGGAGAUGAUGAGAGCACACAGACUUAUAUUAUUACAAUAAAAAAGAAGAGCUACACAGUUCAUCUGAAGCAACAAACAUUUUUGCCAAACGACUUUAUGGUUUAUACAUACAACCAAGGAGGCUUUGUGCAUCCCAGUUCCCCACGUAUUCAGGGUGAAUGCUUCUAUGAAGGGUAUAUCCAAGGCUUCCCUAACUCUGUUGCAGUACUCAGCACCUGUUUGGGGCUCAGAGGGCUGCUGCAGUUUGAGAAUGUUAGCUAUGGGAUUGAGCAUUUGGAAUCCUCAACUAACUUUGAGCACCUGGUUUAUGAAAUAAGCAACAGAAACCUCCAGAGCCCACUUUGGACUGAAGAUUCGUCAUCUACACAAAGGCGAAUGUGGAGUGAAGACUUCUCUUAUAAGCUGCUUUCAGAUACAGUGCCACUGUCAGAUGUCACUAAAACACACAGAUACAUAGAACUAUAUAUCGUUUUGGACAAGGGUUUGUUCAACUAUUUGGGUGGAAACGGUGACACUGUAACCAACAGCAUAGCACAGCUUAUCGGCUUUGUCAACAGUAUAUAUUCUGGCCUUAACAUUACAGUAGUUCUUUCUUCUCUGGAGUUCUGGACAGAUCAUAAUAAAGUGUCCACGUCAGGAGAACCUGAUGUGUUGCUACGAAGGUUUUUACACUGGAAAAAUUCAUAUCUUGUUCUACGACCUCAUGAUCUGGCAUUUUUGUUUGUUUACAGGGAGAAGCCUAAUUAUGUAGGAGCGGGAUACAUGGGGAAGCUAUGCCUCCGGAACUUUGAUGCAGGAGUUGCUCUGUACCAAAAGUCAGUAACAAUAGAGAUAUUUUCUGUCAUUCUUGCACAAUUGCUGGGCCUUAAUCUGGGGAUGGAAUAUGAUAAUGGCAAAGAGUGUAAGUGUCCAGGAGGCUCCAUCUGUAUAAUGAACACUGAAGCAGUAUUUUCAAAUGGGAUUAAAACUUUUAGCAGCUGCAGCAUUGAAGACUUCCAGAAUUUCAUUAAGUUCAAGGGGGCCCAUUGCCUUUCAAAUCGGCCUAAUUUAAAAUUGUUCUACAAGAAGAGGACUGCAAGAGACAAAGCAAUUUGUGGGAAUGGUGUUGUGGAACCAGGAGAGAAGUGCGAUUGCGGCUCUGCAGAAGAAUGUAAGAACAGUAAAUGUUGUACUAGGUCAUGUACACUUCACCGAGGAGCAGUAUGCAGCAAUGAAUUGUGCUGUGAAAACUGUCAGUAUAAGGCAAGAAACACCAUAUGUAGAGCAGCAGUAGACAGCAGCUGCGAUUUCCCUGAGUACUGCAAUGGGAGUUCGGCAUCCUGCCCAGCCAAUGUUUAUGCCCAAAAUGGCUUCAGGUGUGGCUCCAACACUGGCUACUGCUAUGGUGGAUUCUGUCAGUCGGCUGAUCUACACUGUCAGGAACUCUUUGGUAAAAAGUCAAAAAGUGCUCCUCAAGCGUGUUAUGAAGAAAUUAAUGGUCAGAGAGAUAGAUUUGGACACUGUGGGAUUGAUCUAAAAAAGGGAUUUAAGACUUGCUCUUUUCGGGACAUCAGAUGUGGAAAGUUAAUUUGUGAGUAUCCAACCAGAGCUCCUUAUGUUCAAAUGAGAGUUCCAGUCCUGUACACUCCGGUAAAAGAUACGCUCUGUGUAUCUCUGGACUUUAAACAGCCGAAGGGCACACCGGACCCAAUGCUGAUGAAAGAGGGUACCAAAUGUGGAGUUGGUAAGGUUUGCAUCAAACAAGUAUGUGAAAAGUAUGACAUCCUGAAGUAUGACUGUGAUCCUGGGAAAAAGUGUUUUGGGCAUGGAAUUUGCAACAACAAAAGAAACUGCCACUGUAAUCCAGGAUGGGCUCCUCCGAACUGCAAAGCCAAAGGAAGCCCUCUAGGAGGAAGCAUUGACAGUGGGCUUCGUAUUCUGGAAUCUGAUAUAGCAGGAAGAGCCGUGGAAGACAACCUGCGGACGUGGAUCCUGCUCAGCAUAUUUCUCUUUCUGCCCAUGGUUGUUGGGUCAGCCAUCCUGAUUGGGAAAUGGGCUCGAAUCAACAAGUACUUCAUAGAUGAUGAUGAGUCGCUAGACGAUUCUGAAUCCUAUACUAGAUCAGAAGAAUAUAGCAUGUCGGACAAAACAAGCAUGAGCAACCAAGAAGACACGAUGUGACAAGGCCUGGGCCAGGCUCCUAUUGUGCAGGGAGAAAAAGAGAUGGCAAGAUCGCGGCACACUUGUGCGUUGCGAUAUGCCUUGUAG